AUGGACGCGCUCCGCCAAGCCAUGCGCGACGCGGCGCUGCGGCUGCCGAAGCCCGCGGGCGUGCCGCUGUCGUACGGCACGGCGGGCUUCCGCCACGACGCGGCGCUCCUCGACUCCACGGCAGUGGAGGCGAUAGUGCAGGAGGAGGGAGUGCCAGUGGGCGACGCUACAAGGGGGCGAGUGGUACUGGCGAGGGACACGAGGGAGAGCGGUCCCAGGCUGCUGGACGCCGCACUGCAGGGCGUGGCGCUGGUACCAGGGGUAACCCCAGCGUCAUGCGCGCUGCUGACCACCCCCCAGCUGCACUGGCUCGUGUGGGCGGCCAACCGCCAGCCCCCCGCCUCGCCGCUGCUGCCCUCCGAGGACCUCUACUUCUCCACCCUCGCCUCCGCCUUCAAAGCCCUGCUCCCCGCAUCCUCCCCUUCCCCCUCCGCCGCGCCCUUCCCCUGUCCGCCACUGCUGGUGGACGCAGCCAAUGGGGUGGGAGCGCCGAAGCUGCAGCGGCUGGUGGAGGAGGUGCGGGGGAGGGCGGGCGUGGCGCUGGCGGUGGCAGUGCGCAACACAGGGGGCGAGGGCGAGGGGGAGCUGAACGAGGGCGUGGGGGCGGAUUUCGUGCAGAAGGAGCAGCGCGCGCCCAGGGGGUUCGGAGGGGAUGCGGACAUGGCGCACAGGUGUGUGAGCUUGGAUGGCGAUGCGGACCGCCUCGUGUACUUCUUCCACUCCCCUCCCUCACCCUCCGCCACCGCUGCUGCCACUGCGUCACAACCCGCCUCCACCCCUGACUCUGCUGCACCUGCUUUCCACCUCCUAGACGGGGACAAGAUCGCAGCGCUCUUCACCUCCUUUCUCGUUCAAACCCUCCGCGCCAUCUCCCCCUCCUCCCCCACACCCCCCGCCUCCGCCUCCGCGCUUCCCCCCUGCGCCUGGUUUGCCCUCCCGUCCUUCCGCCCCAUCUCCCUGGGCGUGGUGCAAACCGCCUACGCCAACGGCGCGUCAACGGCGUAUCUGGCAUCGCAGCUGGGGUGUGCGCCGGCAGUGGCGCGCACAGGGGUGAAGCACGUGCACGCGGUGGCGGAGCGGUGGGACGUGGGGGUGUACUUUGAGGCCAAUGGGCAUGGCACCGUGCUGUUUGGGGAGGAGUUACUGGGAUGGCUGCAGGCGCAGACUGAGAAGGGACUGCCGGAGGGAUCGGCCCUGCAGCGCCUGGCAGCGCUGAGCAUGCUGUGCAACCAGGCGGUGGGGGACGCGCUGGCGAACGUACUGGCAGUAGAGGCGGUGCUGCGCUGCCACGGCUGGUCGCACCACGAGUGGAGUCGCAUGUACCACGACCUGCCAUCCCGCCAAAUCAAGGUGCGAGUGGCGGAGCGCAGCAUGUUUUUGCCAUGUGACGAUGACACCAGACUACUGGAACCCACCGCUCUGCAGGCCACCAUCGAUGCCGCUGUUGCGGGUGUGGCAGGGGGGCGGGCGUUUGUGCGGGCGUCAGGCACGGAGGAUGUGGUGCGCGUGUAUGCAGAGGCCACCAGGCAGGAGCAGGCAGAUGGCCUGGCUCGCACCGUGGCCGCUGCUGUGGAGAGGCACUCCCCUGUGCCGUAG